AUGCUGGAGAAGAUUGGAUUGCCGGCAAAGCCCUCGAUGCGUGGGGGGAGCUGGGUCGUCGACGCGUCGCACUGCCAGGGGUGUUCCUCCCAGUUUUCUUUCAUCAGUCGCAAGGUUUGCGAUCUUCUUCCCUUUUUGCUUUUUCGAGGUAUGGAGGACGGUCUUCCUACCGAGAUUCUUAGCCUCUUUUCUUCGAUCGACUGAAAGCCCGCUCUGUCUACUUUCUCACGAUGUCCGUGGCAAUGGUACGGAAUUCGAUAUGAUCGACCUCUUCUGGGGUUGAUUCUGUUUGGCUCGUUGAGCAAUUGAUGAGCCCCCUUUUGUGGAUCUCAACAGCAAUGUCUUCAGAAAUCAGAAGAAAGAAGUUUAUGUGUAUCUUUCUCAUCACUUGGAAGGCAGCAUAAAAACGUGGGCUCGUCGUCAAGUCCCAGUGUGAAUCUGAUGCACAUGAAGCCAGGUGCCGAUGUGCUGUUGGUCAUCACUCUCUCUAAAAAUUCAUUUCGUUUUUCAUCCUCCGUCUUCGUUAUUUUUAUAGCCAUCUAGAUGAAAUCCAGCGUUUUCUACCUUACAAAUUAUGGGAAACUAGGCGUGCGUUAUUUUUAUAGCCAUCUAGAUGGGCUUAGUCUGAAUAUAUCCGUUUGCUUUGCAGGAGGACAUGUUUACCGGGUUUUUGUAAUUUAUCGAUGACCAAAGGUUUUCACUUUGGGGAUCGAUCUUUGAAGUAGUGGAAGGGAUUCACCCUCCAUUCUGGUUUGUAUUGGUGAUCUUUGAGGAAGAUGUUUAGAUGAGGAGGUUUACCAAGGUAGUGGAUUCGUGAAGAAAAUUGUCUCUACCUGUCUAUAGUGUCAAACACGUCAACAGGGAAGACAUGUGAUUUGUCUCAUCUGAUAGGUCACCUCUAAUGAGGAAACACGAUAACCUUUCCUAUUUAACCAAGUUAAGAUAAACUCUACUCAUGAAUAGGGUAAAGCCCCUGUUCUUUCAAAUGAGGGAAAACUAGCAGACCAGUAGACGAUGUAACAUUUUGGGCAACUUGGAGGGCACAUAAGUCAUCUUACUUGUACAUUUUUUCUUUUUUUCACUCAAAGGAACGUAAACAAAUGUAAGUGUAAGUCGUGAACUUAGAUGUGAAGAACACCUCACUGAGGGAUGUGUAUGUACUGAGUAAAUUUAUAUGGGAGGGGUCCAAUGCUUGAGACAUAAGUUGGACUAGUUCCUUGACUUCAUCUUCAAUUCACGUCUCACGGCUAUAAGCCUAAAAGACGAUACUGAUUGGUGGAGGAAUUCAGAAGUUUGCUGUUUUAUUGGAGUGUAUUAUCUAUCUGAAUGAAGAAGAGGAGAUGUUGUAGAACAUCGUACGUUCAAAGUAUUAUGAGCAACUAAAUGCUUAGGGAGCGGGAGCUCAAGAGUGCGGUUGAAUAUUGAUUGAUACAUUAGGGCCUACCGAAAUAAUGAAACAUAAACUGGAGUGUCUCUACUGAUUCAGUGUAAAAGAUGAAAGCAUGGGCAAUGUAGGAUAACAUUAUAUUGCUUAUGUACUGAUUGUGGCCAGGAUAGAUAAGAGGUAAUUCAAAGAAGGAAAAGGGUAAGAUAGUGUUCUGGCGAGGGUUUUACUGCGCUAAUUCGAAUUGAAAACAACCUGUAGAUGCUCCUGGAAAGGCAACGUUGUCACAGAGUAUUGGAGUGAUCUAUUCUUUAAUGCUGGUCAGUGCUGCCUUUGUGAGUAGAAUUGUCCCGCGUGGUUGAAGUUGGAAUAGGCGCAGAGUGAAGGCAAAUUUCCUAAGCUGUGGUUAAUAUUCACAUUGAGGUGGAAAGGGCGUAGGAGUUUGUACUUAGGCUUCAUGAGGAAGUCCCUUUACAGUAAACCGUGAACUCAAUGUCACACUUUCCAUGGAUAGAACUCCCCUCGUCUUCUUCAAUGAAGGCUUUAGACAAUAUUUACUGUUAACACUAAUGGGUUUAGGACAAAGUGCAUCAUUAACGGGUUUACCUCAAACGAAGUCUGGCAAAAUAUAAUGUUUUUUUCUGACCAUUCCUCCUCAUGGGUGCGAUUAGUUUGCUUGAUAAUCUACAUGGGUUAGAAGAACCAGUUUUACAAUAGUUGAAGCUAAUUUUCAUCUGCUGACCUUUUCAUUCUGGUUAAUAUCUACACUUCAGCAUCACUGCCGCAGAUGUGGAGGAAUAUUUUGCAACAGUUGUACUCAGCAGAGGAUGACCUUGCGUGGACAAGGGGAUGCACCUGUUCGGAUAUGUGAUCCUUGUAAGAAGCUCGAAGAUGCUGCACGCUUUGAGUUGCGACAUGGACACAAAAAUCGCACAAUGAAAGGUAGUGUAUUUUUCUUUGCUGUCUGCUGUCAUGUUGCAUACAACAAGCAUUAUCCUUAUCCAUUCUAUAUUUUUCACUUUCUGUGCAGUUCUAGCCUUUUGUGCAGCUUGUGUGAUGCCUCUCCAUCAGUAGUUCUUUCCCUUUUAUGGUCACAGCUCUAGGAAAUAAAACUUCUGUGCUUAGGUGAAGUAAAAACAGCUUGCAUUUAGACUUAUACAUUGGUGACAGAAAAAAUGGCGUUCAGAAGGUUAUCAUAAACUGAUAUUUAGUUUUCCGGCAUCUAAUGAAAAAGCACAUGGUGUGGAGCAUUUUUCAUUCGGCUCUAAAAUUUUCAUUUCAUGACGUUUCUUUUAUUUAUUUAUUUGGUAACGGUGGACAAUGAAAGUUAUAACCAGGAUUACUGGUUCAUGCGAGUGAGGUACUUUACCUGUAGUGCUUUAGUAUCAGAACUAACGUAAUGCAAUAUAAUUUUUUUCUGCAUACGCGAGCAAAAUGAAAUGCAGUGAAUACUAUCCAACCAAAUUUAUCAGCGUAAAACAUUACUCUGCAUGCUUUUCCUUAGGUACCCUAAAACUGGAACCGAGGCAGGAGGAAGAGGCUUUCAGCCAGACACCUGGAACAGAAGAGAAUCUUAGUUCUUCAUCCUUACGGGAGCCACGAUCUGAUAUGGCCACAGGUAUUGCCUCAAGCUCGAAACAUCCGAAUGAAGCUGCCACUUCAGAGAGUAAUGGGGAUGCUCUCAAAGGUGGCAACAUAUUGAAUGAAAUGGAGUCCAAGAGCCCCGAAGAGUUGCGCCAACAGGCAGUGGAAGAGAAGAAAAAACACAGAAUUUUAAAGGGAGAAGGGAAGCACGAAGAGGCACUCCAGGCUUUUAAACGAGGUAAAGAGCUUGAAAGGCAGGCUCAGGCCCUGGACAUUGCCUUGAGAAAAAGUCGCAGGAAAUCCUCAGCUUCAACCAACUCUGUUAUAUCUCAGGAUAAAAAUGAUAGUAGUGAGGGAUUAACUGACAAAAGGAAUCCCACCUCGCAGUCAAGGAAGCCGGUAAAAGAUGACCUUGUAUCCGAACUGAGAGAUCUGGGAUGGACUGAUGGAGAUCUGCAUGAUAGUGACAAAAAGCCAGAGAAUUUGAGCUUGGAAGGUGAACUGUCAAGCAUUAUAAAAGAAGUUCUCCCGAAAGCCAGUGCAAGGAAGGGACCCAGCGCCAUUGAUAACAGUCAGGUUCUUGCUCACAAGAAAAAAGCUCUCAUGCUCAAACGCGAAGGAAAGCUUGCUGAGGCAAAGGAGGAACUGAAAAAGGCCAAAGUGCUAGAGAAAGAAUUGGAAGAACAGGCGCUUCUGGGCCAGGCUGAUGACUCUGACGAUGAACUUUCAACCCUUGUUCGCAGUUUGGAUGAUCACAAACAAGAUGACCCAUUGGCAGAUUUUGGACCUAAUCUUCUAACGAAUUUUGACCCUAUCUCUGUUCCAGACGACCUUGUACUUGAUGACAAUUUUGAUGUGAACGAUGAUGAUAUGAAUGACCCUGAUAUGGCCGCUGCCUUGAAAUCAUUUGGCUGGAGCGAGGAAGAUGACCACGCUGAGGAAGAUGGUACAGUGUCUCUACCCAGCAGAAGAGAGUCACCACAGAGUGAAGUAUUGCGACUCAAGAAAGAGGCUUUGAACCAGAAACGUGCUGGUAAUACGGCAGAGGCCGUGGGGUUGCUGAAGAAAGCAAAACAGCUUGAGAAGGACCUUGAGAUCGCCCAGAAUGAGCCACCAGCUUCUCACUCUAGAAGCCAACCCAUAUCUGAGGUCAAUGAUAAAAUUGUCACAGAGAUUAAGGAUCCUGAAUUUCGGCCCAAACCCAAAAGCAAACUCUUAAUACAGAGGGAGCUUCUGGCUUUGAAGAAGAAGGCUCUGGCUUUACGGAGAGAAGGGCGUGUGGAUGAAGCAGAUGAGGAGCUGAGCAAAGGGAAAGACCUCGAGCUCCAGCUCCAAGAGAUGGAGAAUCCCCCAAACCUUGCACCUGCGAAGUUGGAGGGCAUCAAGAAGAAUCAGCAUCAAUCCUUUGCGCCUCUGGAUGUUUCAGCAAGUUUUGCCGUUGAUGAGGAGCCAGAAGCCACACCAGAGGUGACUGAAAACGAUAUGGAUGAUCCGGCUCUGCUUUCAGUCCUAAAGAAUUUGGGCUGGACAGAAGAAGAUGUUGUGGCUGUAAGCAGCACUGGGGGAUCAUCUGGGCAAGCAAGUGAUCAACUCACUGAGGAAACUUGUCCUCCUUCAAGUGUCCCGAAGGUUCAGAGGUCUAAGGCCGAAAUCCAGAGAGAAAUUUUGGCUAUAAAGAGAAGGGCCCUUGCAUUCAGGCGGCAAGGGAAAACCCAGGAAGCAGAGGAAGAGUUGGAAAGGGCAAAGCCCCUCGAAGAACAGAUACAAGCAAUGGAGGCUCAACUUCCACCUGAACUGUCAGAACCAAAAACAUCAAAAGAAUCUAAGGUCCCCGAGAAUGAAGUUACCCAAGAAGAGGCUCACGAUGUGGGCUUGGAGAGGGGAGAAGCUUCUUCUAGAUCGGCACUGUCAUUGCCUGAUGUAUCUGCUCCUGGAACUUCUAAACCAGAGUCACCACCGGUUGCAGCUUUGGUGGGUUCCCAGCAUAAUCAAAGAGAUCCUGAGGGUAUUUCCUCCUCUCAAUCUGGGAAGCAUUCUGUCAUGAACCCAGUUCCAGAUAGUGAAGACAACCCGUCUCCGAGUCUCGAAUCUCUGGAUGACCAGAUACGAGCCCGGAAGAGGAAGGCCGUUGCUUUGAAGAGGGAAGGGAAGUUGGCUGAAGCCCGAGAGGAGUUAAGACAGGCAAAGCUUAUGGAGAAGGGUCUGGAAGAAGGGAAACGUGGCCAGGUUGUUGAAGUCGGUCAAAGCAGCAGCUCCACCUCCACAUCUAGCACUUCUGUCGUGUUUGAAAGAAAGCCGCUGUCAGGUCGGGAUCGUUUCAAGCUGCAGCAGGAAUCGCUCGCCCACAAACGCCAGGCUCUGAGGCUGCGAAGGGAAGGCAAGAUUGAAGAAUCUGAAGCAGAGUUUGAACUGGCCAAGUCUCUGGAGGCCCAGUUGGAGGAGAUGGAUAACAGCAAGAGCUUAACUAACAAGAAUGGAGCCCAGGCAGAUGAUUCUGUUGUUGAGGAUCUUCUUGAUCCCCAACUAAUGUCUGCUCUCAGAUCGAUAGGAUGGGAAGAAUCUGAUAUUAAACCUUCAUCCAAGAAGGUGAAUAUCAUCUCGCCGGAGAAAUCAGAAGCCAAGAUCGCCCAUCCCAAGGACGUGGCCGCCUACCCUGAGAGAGCUAAACUGGAAGAGCAGAUCAACUCCGAGAAGCGCCGGGCACUGAACCUGAAGCGGGCUGGGAAGCAAGCCGAGGCCUUGGAAGCUCUGCGCUCGGCCAAGUCUCUCGAAAAGAAGCUCAUGUCGCUGGGCUGA